UUCGAGCAAAAGCUAUGACUUCACUAUGAGUAAGAAUGGGAAGAUCUCGCAGAGCGAAGGCAAUAUCCUCUCAAUCGGCAGUGGGAAUAUAAACAGUGGUGCAAAUAAAAGCGACAGUAAUGAGUCGCAAAUGUCAGUGAGUGAUUCUCUUCAGCAAACCAGGAAAUCCAGAAGUUUCAAGAGCAAAAUCUGGAGACGCAUAUCAACAUUUGCAAAACGAAAGCCGGAUCGAAAUAGUACAUCUUCGAACACUAGUGGAACAUGCAGCAACCUGGGAGUGGUUAUUUCAGGCCCAACCAACAGCUUCAAGAAACAGCCAAUAUCUGACAAGGAAUACCCUGUGGACAUAUAUAAAUAUAGCGAAUUAACAAAAGAGAGCACGCCUCAGAAGAUCAUUAAGAUAUCAGACCAGGUAUCCUCCGGAGGACUCAGCAGACCCACAAAUCUGGAUCUGGCUGCACACAACCGAUCACCCAACUCCCAACAGGGUAACUUGUCCUCAUACGGCGAAGAUUUUGAUUGCGAUGAUGCCAGGAGUGGCGGAGGAGGAGGUUUUGGAGACAGUCGACUUUUCUCGCCCACCUAUCGAAUUCCGACUGGGUCUCACCAUUCUCAGCACCAGCCAUCCCACUUCAAUUACAUAACUCAGCAGAACGGUGAAAUACGAGUGUCGAACCACUCUCACCAGCAUAGCAAUCGUUACUCUCCGAUUAUUCCCGGGAAGAACCACCCGUCCCGUAGAACACCUCUGCAGCAUCAACCGCCAAUGUCGCCGCAUCAAGGUAGCAACAGCCGAGUCAUCACGCCUAAUAAUAACAGCUCUUUCUUGUUCAAAGCGGAAGCUGCUGCAGCUAAUAACCAGUACCACCUUGCAAAAAGUCCGUCUGUGUCGCCUUUGCUAGUACAUCAACACAACACGCACACGAACCCAAGGCACUACAUCCCAAACCCAGUAUUUUCAUCCUCGGAACCAACGAAACCGGAUUUGCUAAAUGAUUCAAAUACAGACGAUGACUCAUCGUCUUCGCACAACUACUUGUCGUCAGGAUUUCUCGCCCAACACUACCCCAAUUUGAACCAAUCCUCGUUUCUCGGUUCAGGUGACGAGAUGGACUGCCAGUCGUCAGACGAUGACCCGAAGAGAUCAGACACGAUUACUACUUCGAAGCAAGAGGACACGCAAAAAACGGUCAGCUCGCGGUCUUCGUCGUCCAGUCCACCUCCGCCGAGACCGGAACCUCCGCAAGUGAUCAGCAGUGCUUAACUCGAACCCAGUUUAAUAGAUUAUACACCUAUCAAAUAACAUUGAUGUUUUAUGUACACUAUCUUCAUAUAGAUUUGGCUCUUGCUUCGAGCUCCGUAUUAAGAGUAAUGAACGUAAUGAUUUCGCAGAUUUCCCCGUGAAAUAAAAGUUUUACCGAUUGAUCCAGUUUUCUCAAAUUGGGUCAAUUUUAACGAAAAAGUCUAUAUCAUAAAUUGUUCUACAAAUUCAAAGAGCUUAAAGGCCAUCUAUUUUUUUCGAAAUUUAUUACUCUUUUCCAACUGUCAGUUGGCUAUGUUUUGGCACUACUUGCUUCACUAUGUGAAUGCUGAACCUGAAAUCAUUAUAGAUGUCGAAUUACCAGCGCAUUUCUCUACUUAGAUUAGAAGAUAUUUGUUGUUCUUUUUCAUUCAUAAAUUUCACAAUACCCGUAAAUUUCGCUUAAAAAGUCACGACGUAUCUCAAAAAAGCCAGCAAGAAUGGAAAGACUUGAACUCUUAAAGGAAAGACUUGUAACAAACUGCACGCUAUACUGGCAACUACUGCAGUCUUCUCAAUGAAACUUUUUCUUGUUAUGCAUAACUUUUGAGUACGUCCUCGUUUUUGAGCGAUAGCAAAAAGGUUGCAAUUUUUCUUUUUCUAUACCAUUACAAAUAGAAUAUCUUUUCAGUUUAGAUAGCUGAUUCUGUAUGUUUUCUUAAUCCGUGUCUUUCUGUCUUUGUAUUUCUUGCUAAUUUCCUUCGCUCUUUAAUUUUCCAGUCCAUGGUAGUUUUAUUUUAUUACAUAGAGAUUUGAAGAGUUCAGUUCAAAAUUGAUGGAUAUAUAAAUCGAUAAAUAUAUGCUGUAUUUUACAAUUUUCAAAAUCAGGUUAAUCUCAUUUCUACUAAAUUCGAGUUUAUUUGUGUAUAUUUCUCUAUUGUAUGUCAGACAUAAUUCGAUGUUUCACCUUAAUGUAGCAAUCUGCUAUUUUGUCGAAUAUUAAAUAGUUUGGACAAUUUUAUUUAGUAGAUUGUACAUAUCAGUUUUCUUUUGAAUGAGUGGAAACAAGAAAAUAAUUUUGGUCUUGCUGUUACCGCAUUUUUAAUUAAACUGAGAAC